AUGGCUGAAGACGCGAAACUGAAGAAGAACCAUAUGGCCAUCGUCUUGGGCAUCGGACUUGGGGUGGUGCUGCUCAUCGUGCUUAGUUUGAUUCUAACAAUACUCAUCAACCGCCGGGACAGGCAGUCAUUCCUGAGAUCAAGGAAAAAUCCCAGUGAGCGAUUGCGCAAGUUGGACAAGGUCUCGCCAACUUGCACGCUCGAAAAGUGGUGGACGACCACAAAGGGGAAUCUCGGGCUGUCUGAGGCCGUCGAUGGACAAUUCGUUUGCGCGGUUUGUUUGGAGCAAGUAGACCGCACGCAGGAGAUUCGCGAACUGCGGUGCUUGCACGUUUUCCACCGGGAAUGCUUGGAGAAGUGGUUCUUGGGUGACCACUUCAAUUGCCCGCUGUGUCAUCGGGCCUAUUAUGUGGCCGACACACCUCCCCGCAACGAUUAUCUGUGGGUGGUAUGA